AUGAACGCAUUCGCGAACGAGCUCAACGGCGCGCGCGGCAUUGACGCAGCCCUCCACGACGACUUUGAGGGCGGCAGCGGGGGGAUGCCCACGCUUCAACUCCCAAAUACGGCUGAUCCAACUGGAUUCCUGCGAGAGUACACAGAUGAACAGAAUGACCCCAGCUGCCGCAUCAAAAUCAACCACGGGACGACGACACUCGCGUUCAAGUACAAGGGCGGUGUUAUCGUUGCAGUGGAUUCUCGGGCGACGGCAGGCAGCUAUGUGGCUAGUGGUACCGUCAAGAAGGUUAUCGAAAUCAACCCAUACUUGCUGGGUACUAUGGCAGGUGGCGCUGCUGAUUGCCAGUACUGGGAGACGUAUCUCGGUAUCCAGUGUCGUUUGCACGAGCUGCGUAAUAGGGAGAGAAUCAGUGUUGCAGCAGCUAGCAAGUAUCUCAGCAACAUCACAUACUCAUAUAAAGGGAAGGGACUGUCGAUGGGCACUAUGAUCUGCGGCUGGGACAAAGGUGGCCCAGCUAUCUGGUACGUCGACAGCGACGGCAGCAGGACCUCAGGCAAUGUGUUUUCGGUCGGCUCUGGCUCGACAUUCGCGUAUGGUGUGCUCGACCAGGGCUACAGCUACGAAUUAAGUGACGAUGAGGCGCUGGAACUGGGCAGGAGAAGUAUAUACGCGGCUGGACACAGAGACGCAUACUCGGGCAACACGAUCAAUCUCUACAUAGUCAAGGAGACAGGAUGGACACACAAGGGCACAAUUGAUAUCAGUGAACUGCACUACGGGGAUUGGAAGCCAAAGAAUGAAAAUGAGUUUAGGGCGCCUAGCGAACCAUAUGGUUAUGAUAUUAGACAUGGUACAGAGUAA